AUGUCUGGCUCCUCUUCCCCGGCUGGAAAGCCUGGAAAAGACCAUGUCGUCAAAUCUAUUGACCAUGAAGCUGCAAAAGAAACUCAAAGCCCAUCUUCCGAUGCCAGCUCGCACAAUUCGAAGCGGCCCCGUCUCUCCACCGAGGCUGAGAGCCCUCGCGCCUCGGAUAUGGAUGCGAUCACCGCUGCACUUGCCGCUGAAGAGGAAAAGCGACAGCAAGCUGUCGCACGAGCAGCUGCAGAGGCCGGUGAGACACACUGGGUUUUGGACGUUCCUGCUACACCCCAACCCACUCAGCAGCCUAUGGUAUUGGCUGCAGACUCCCUGGAUGCAGAUGACGAUAGCUACUCCGGUGGUCGACGUGCGUAUGGCAAUUUCAAGCGCAAAGAGCGCAAGCCACAAACUACACCACGAAAGGAGGGCGAUGAAGAUGAGGUCAUAGUCAACCCAUCGAACCCACAAGAAGUCAGCAAAAUGAUGGAAAAUGCCAGACUCAAGGCAGAAGCCGACACCAGAGCAAACCCACGACAGACGAAACUGUCUGAACUCACGAGUAUAUCUGGUUCUGGCCGGGGGUCUUUGUUGGGAGCCCCAUCCUCUGACAAGAAGAAGAAGAAGAAGCGCAAGAGCUACUAA